AACUUCUUCUGUGCAUCCUCAUCAAACAUAUAAGAAGUUCAGAUAGAUGCUAUUUGUAUAAUCCAGGAAAGAACUCUGUAGAAAAGAUUUGGAAUGGAAGAAAUGGAAGUUUUAAUUUGAAUACUCUCUUUCAUUUAUAUUGCUUGACUCGACUUGCAAGGGCUUAAUCUUGAUGUAUGCUAUUUGACAUUUAACAUAUUAACCCUUUUGCUUUCAUUUUUCCAACUUCAUGGCAUGUUUGUCAAACCACUAGUUAUAUUUAUCUUCCCAUUGUUGUGUUACUAUGGUAAUGGUGCUGCAUAUUUCACAUUCAUAUAAAUAUCUUGAUUCUCUAUUUAUAAAUUUGUGAUUAGUUCAUACUAUGUAUUAUGAAGAAGAGUAGGCAAAUAAUCAACUGAAUUCUUCAUAUAAUGAAUAAGAUAGUUAUACCAUAUAGUCUUAUAUAUAACUUUGAAUGAAUUCUCCAGUCAAUCUAAAAUGGUGGAACCCAUUGAUAGGGGUAGUCAAGGAGAAAGAUGAGGUCGAUGUAUCCUGGGCUAGAAUUGUGGGAGUCCCUUUGCCCUUAUGGUCCUAAAAAAACUUAAGGCUAUUGGUGACCUCUGUGGAGAUUGGGUUGAAACAGAAGAAGAAAACUAAGAAACCACCUCAAGUGGCGAGGAUAAAGGUUUGAGGAGAUGGACGCGAUGUCCCAAAGGAAGUGACGGAGGAAAAUGGCGGACUCUGUGUGUGACAAGGGUGAUGGUUGGUGACAACAACUGCAACUUCAGUUGCCUAAUUCUCUUAACCAGCGGUCCUUCAUUGAAUAUCCAAAGGGAAAAUGGGUGGGUGCUUUUAAUGAAGCUGGUCAAAGUGCAAAGGUGGGACCAUUUGUCCAUGUGGAUACACAUGGGGAACCUAGGGAGUACAAGAUGAAAGAGGGUUUUUGGGCCAGUUCUUUUAAUGGAAUUAUAAUAUCAGGCCCAAAAAAUUUGUGAUGGGUAAAGGCCCAAAGCUAACUUUAAACAAAUUAUCUAAUUCACAAAACUCUCGUGAGGGGCACAUAGGUACUUCUAGUGAAAAGGUGUCACAAUCCAAGCUAGACCCUAGGUGCGACAUGACGAUUAGAAUUCCAAGGAAACCCGACCAAGUUUCUAAGCAUAUCAUUCAUUAGCAUACAUAAGGUAAGUAAAGCAAUAAAGCUAAGACAUAAAUGUGUAAAAUCUCAAUGUGAAAAGCCUCAAUAAAGGAGAACAAGUCUCAAACUCGGAAUAGAAAGACAACAUAGACUCUAUGACAUCCAACAUGCCUCUACUAAACUAGAUGGGGCAUAAGACAAGCUCCUAGCUCACCCAAUAUGUAAGAUAGAAAAGGCAUAAAGUCACAAGUAAAACGUCACGUCCUUGAAACAUGAGGACUCAUCACAAGUGAAAGUAACAAGCUCAACUCUACUUACGAAUAGGAGGUGCGAGAUGAUUGUUCGACCCUACAUUAUGAUACAAUGUAGGCAGAAAGUAUGCGUUAGUACAUGAAAUGCACUAAGUAUGUGAGAAGUAUGCAUGAAAAAUAAAUAUAGGACAUAAUCAAUAUGAAUCAUGAGAUGCAUGACCAAUAUCUUGAAACAUGAGUAAAACCUUGAAAAUCUUAAAACAUCAUAAUAGUGUUGUGAAAAAACGCUGAAGCGCUCGCUUUAAGCGUGAAGCGAAGCGAGGUGAGGCACUAGCGCUUCAGCAUCGUAAAGCGAAGCAAUUUCGAAAAAGCGAGCGCUUCAUGGGAGAAGCGAGAAGCACGCUUCAUCUAGAAGCGAGAAAAAAGCGAGCUUUUUUGGAAAAAAGCGGCGCUAGGUUUUUUUUUUAAAAAAAUUGUAUAACUUACAUUAAUUGUUCCAAGCUGCUCUCAGUGUGACUUCUUCUUCAAUUCGACAGUCCAACUUCGACAUUUCAACAUCAACCAGGUUAGUUUUUCUUCUUCUCUUCUUCUCUUUCUAUUUCUAUUUUUAUUUUCAUUCAGCAGUGCUGCAGUCUGCUCUCAACUGCUGCGAUCUUCUUCUCUUCUUUUCUUCUUCUCUUUUUUUUUUCUAUUUCUGCGCAACUGCUAUCUGCAAAGAAUUAUUUUUUUCAACUUUUAUUCAGCAAUUUGGCCUUUUUUUUUAAAGAUAAAGCAUAUGCUCUGUUUUUUUUUCCAAAGUGGCUGCUUUAUUAUUUUUUUAAAAUUUUGCUGCAGCUGCUCUUUUAAUUUUGCUGCAAUUGCUCUGUUAUUGUUUUGACAAUUUGACUUGUGUGACUGAAUUAUUAUUCUAUUUUUUCUUUGUAGUAAGUUGUAUUUUCUUAAUGGCACAAAAAAGGGAUCCAGCUUGGGCAUAUGAAAUUGCCAUGGGAAGUAACACAAAAAUCAAAUGUGUUUUUUGUGAUAUAACAUAUAAUAGCGGAAUAUUUCGUCACAAGAAGCAUCUUAUUGGUGGUUAUAAAGAUGUUAAAGUGUGUCCAAAGGUCUCGAAUAGUGUGAAGAAAGAAAUAAAAGAGUAUUUUACGAAAAAAAAUGAAUUUAAAACUCAAAUGAAUCCUGAAGCAUCCAUGGUGAAUCUUGUUGAUGAUGAUGAAGUGGAUGAUGAAGUUGAAGUGAAUAUGCCAAUGGGGCCUUCCUCAAAAACAAAAAAGAAACCUUCAACUAGUGAAAGUGGGUCAUCCACCGCAAGCAAUGUCAAGUUCCUCUUAAUCUCUAUUUCUCGCAAAAACCAAAUGAAAAGAGAAAAGGUGGACCUAUUGAUCUAGAGGCUUCUAGCAAGAUUUUAUGGGAUCGUGCUGUAUUUGCUUUUGCUAGGUGGAUGUAUGAUGCAGGUUUGCCUUUCAAUUGUGUUAACUACACCGAAAGUUUUGGUGAAUUCAUUGAGGCAGUAGGCCAAUACGGCCCUGGAAUGAAGCCCCCACCUAUCAUGAGGUAAGAAUUUCUUGUUUAAAAAAAGAGAUGGAAAAGACAAACAAAAUUGUAGAAGAUCAUAAGGUUCAAUGGAAAACGUAUGGUUGUUCCAUUGUGAUGGAUAAAUGGACAACAAGGAAUAGGAAAAUGAUCAUCAAUGUUUUGGUGAAUUCUCCAAAAGGGAGUGUUCCUUGAAUCUCAUGAUGCUAGUGACUCUUCUACUGACUCUAAUAAGAUGUUUAACUUGUUUGAGAAGACUAUCUUGAAAAUAGGCAAGGAAAAUGUGGUACAAGUUGUGACUAAUAAUGCAAGUGAGAACAAAAAAGCGGGUGACAUGUUGAAGGGAGUGUUCCCGCAUAUUUUCUGGACUCCUUGUGCUGCUCACUGUAUCAACUUGAUGUUUGGUGACAUUUUCAAAGAGGCCCCGUAUUCUACAGUUUUUGGUAAGGCUGUUAAGAUACAUUCUUAUAUCAGUCAAAGGGCACUGUUGUUGAAUAUGAUGAGGAGAUACACAAAGCAAAGAAACUUGGUAAAACCUGCUAAGAUAAGAUUCGCAACAGCUUUUUUGACAUUGCAUUGUUUUUAUAUGCAAAAGAAAAAUCUGAGAACCUUGUUUAUGUCCACUGAAUGGAAUGAAAGUGUCCAUGCAAAGGAAACUCUUGAGAAAGAAGUUGCGAGACACAUCAUUAGUUCAUAUUUUUGGAAUGACACUGUUCAAGCACUUAAAGUUGGUGGUACUUUAGUUAAUGUACUUCGUAUAGUGGAUGGUGAGAAAAAACCACCAAUGGGCUACAUUUAUGAAGCUAUGGAUAAGGCAAAAGAAAGUAUUGAAAAGGCAUUCAAUUAUAAUGAAAGGAAAUAUAUGAAUGUUUUCAAAAUUAUUGAUGCAAGGUGGACGGAUCAACUUCAUCAACCUUUGCAUGCAGCAGGACAUAUUUUGAACCUGGGGCUCUAUUAUAAAAAUAAUGAGAUGAAGACUUUAACUGAAGAAGUGUGGUUGGGAUAUCAUGCAUGUGUUGAGAGGAUGAUCCUAGAUAAAACUUUGCAAGACAAAAUAGGGGAUGAGCUUGGUGUGUACAUGAAAGCUGAUGGGCUACUUGGAAUUGAGUCGGCCAUUAGAGCUAGAACCUUAAGGUCACCAUGUGAGCAUUUCAACAUUUAACUGUUUGAGCUUUAACUUUUAAGUUACAUAUUAACUUUUAAAAUAAUUCUUCUACAGUUGAAUGGUGGAUGCAAUAUGGUCAUAAUGUCCCAAACUUGCAACAAUUUGCUAUUAGAGUGCAAAAGUUUAACUUGUAGCUCAUCCGGUUGCGAGAGAAAUUGGAGCGUGUAUGAACAUGUGAGAACCUAUAUUACGUUAUUACUAAAUUAAAUGAUAUCUUAAUUGUCCAAAGUCCUUCCAUUAAUUACUUUCUACGAAUUCUAUGCAGAUUCAUACUAAAAAGAGAAACAGGCUUGAGUUAAAAUGCCUGAAUGAUCUAGUGUUCAUCAAAUAUAAUAGAACAUUGGUGCGUCGCUACAAUGCUCGCAAUACCAUUGAUCCAAUUUUGUUGGAUAAUGUUGAUGAUGCAAAUGAAUGGUUAACUGGAGCACCCCAAAAUCAUGAAGAUGAAGAAGUAUAUGAAGGAGAAGGUCUCACUUAUGGUGAUGUUGCUACGGCUAGUGGUGUGGAGGAGAAUAUUUAUGGUUUUAGGGGGAGUACUUUAAGGGGCAAGGAAAAAAGAGUAGCUACAAGUUCAAGUUCAUGUUCAAAUAGAAGUAGAACUCUUGUUGAUGAGUCCUCCGAUGAGGAAGAAGAUGAGGACCAAGUAGAAGUAGAACCCUUGUUGAUGGCACUUCAAGAGUUUGAGGAUCUUGUUGAAGAACAGGAUUUUGCUCUCUUUGUGAUUUGGUUAUGCAUUUGCUUUAUAUGUUGUUACUUAUGAGGAUUAUUGACUAUCUAGUUACUUUUUAAUAUAAGUCUUUUGAGUUCUUGAUUAUUUAUCUAUGCAUAUUUUAUAUUUUAUAUUUUUAUACUAAAUAGCGCUUUUUCUGAAAAAAGCAUGCACUUCGCUUCACGCUUCUGUGAAGCGAGCCCCCGUCGCUUUUUUCCGCUUCUCGCUUCUCAGAACACUGCAUCAUAAUCAUAUUGUCAAUGAAUCAAAUUAUCAUCAUGAGAACCUUAUAUCUUUUCAUAUACCUUGAUGUGUGAUAUGACCUUUAACCGACAUAUAAGACCAUGUGAGUUAUAACAUGGAAUCCGAUGUACUCCCACAUCGAGAAGGGAAAGGCUACUUUGCCAAGGUAGACUUCGUGAUGGUACUUCCUCUAACUUUGUGCUGUAUGUGGAUCCACUAGCUACACCAUAUUAGCACUUUAAACCUACGCUGGUAACGUAGUUAGAGACUAAAGGUUGCUUCUAGGAUUCUCUUGUGGCUACCGGACCGAACCUCAUUUUAAAGUCCUCUCGGUGCUUAGUCAUUAUCCUAACGGAAUUUCAUUAAAUGUAACAUCAUUAGGAAAGACAAUAAUUGGUAUCAAUCCUCAUCAUAGUAAAACAAUGUGAGUAGCUACGUUAACAUAACUGACUCAUAAGAAUCCAUGAGUCGGUGAGAAUGUCCUUUCACCUCUUUAAAUUGAUUGUGUGAGAACUACCUUAUCACACUAUAACUUCUUGCUUAAAACAUCAUUGAAACAUAGUUCAUAAUCUUUUAUGAGUCAUUCAUAAACCUUGGUAAUCAUUCAUAAAACUUUCAUUGAAAUCACUUGAAAAUCCAUGAUCGUAGUUUCUUGAAACAUACUUGAAAUAGCAUAUAACAUGGGUCAUUGAAAUUCAACUUGAAAUCAUGUAAUAUGAUGUGAAUUGUUCAUAAUUUAAUCAAUAAUCAUAAGAUAAAUCAUAAUUAAGAAGACCCGAUGCAUAUUUAUGAAACUAGGGCUUUUAGAAGAAGAAUUCAUAAGAGAAUUGAGAGGAAACUUGGGACUCCAUGGGUGAAAGGACCCAUGGAUGAAUUCCCAUAUACGUUGAGUUUUAGAAGCCCUAAAUUGCGCUUGACUUGGGAACUUGACCUUGACUUUCUCUUUGAAUUGCUCGAGGAAGAAGAAGACUUGAGAGAGCUUUAGAGAGAGGAUUUGGGUUUUGAGUGUUAGGGUGAGUAUGAGAGGGUUAGGAGGGCUUAGGGAAGUCAACAGGAUAGAAUAAACCCCUAAAAACCGUCCACAUUCAUUAAUGAUAUCAUAGGAAAAAGACCAAAGCACCCUUAAACUUAACUGAAACAACACCUGUCAGUGGGCCUACCACGGCCCAGGGUGGUGGUCGUGGUGAGGGACUUUAUUUUGGGCCUGAAAGGGUGAUCUCCACGGAGGCCACCACAACUCGUGGUGACCACCACGACCCGUGGUGCCUCUUGUGGUCCUUUCCAAACUCAAAAAGUCUUGGGGAUCGAGUUCACUGGAGGCUUCACGGCCCCGUAAAUCCCUCCAUAGACCUCCCCCCCUUAACUCCCCUGAUUUGUGACACCUAUACGGGCCCUUUCCACGAGCCAUGAAGCGGAGUAUGGCUCGUGAAGGGUCCCAUGGUCAGCAUCUGGUGCAAAUUUUCUGCAGACUUCUUUCAAUACCUCAUUUUCCGACUUUUCGACUUUCAAAAUCUUGCAAUAUCUCCCCCAUUGGGGAAAUGGGACUCAAGCUAUAGCAUGGACGGAAUAGGAAAGAGACAUAGCAACCCAACAUGAAUGCAAAACAUAUCAAAAAUGCAUAAAACAUGAAAUAUUCAAUCCCAAGCUAAAACAUAACUUUAGAACUCAUUUCAUGAACAUGAAUGCAUAUGAAAACAUGAGAAUGAUUGAAAAACAUGGAUUUUACUGAGUGGAUCAUGAAGGAACUCAAUACCUCAACUAGGAAUGGAAGGAAAGAGAUUGAGGAAAUCGUGACAUCAUAUCAACUUUGGCUUCCAAUGUAGCCCCUUCAACCUCUUGGUUCCUCCAUAAUACUUUAUCGAAGUUAUUUUCUUGUUUCUCAACUUUCUAACUUGCCGGUUUAGGAUCUCUACCGGAACCUUCUCAUAUGAAAGAAUCUCUUUCACACUUAUGCUGUUCAAUGGCACAAUGGAGCUAGCGUCACCAACGAACUUCCUCAACAAUGACACAUGAAACAUCAGAUGCAUCGAUGCCAACUCAGAAGGCAAAUCCAACUCAUAUGCCACGUUGCCAGUCUGCCUCAAAAUUUGAUAUGGACCUACAUAGUGGGGACUAAGCUUCCCUUUCUUGCCAAAACGAAUUACACCCUUCAUUGGUGAAAUUUUCAAGUAGACCCAUUCAUUAACUUCAAAUUCAAGCUCCCUUCUCCUCACAUCUGAAUAGGACUUUUGUCAACUUUGGGCAGUCUUCAAUCUUUCUCUAAUCAAUCUAACCUUUUUCAUAGCUUCAUGCACCAAUUGGGUCCUAUCAAGGCAACUUCACCAACUUCGAACCAACCAAUAGAAGAGCUUCCCCUCCUACUAUAUAAGGCCUCAAAUGGAGCCAUCUGAAUGCUGGAAUGAUAACCGUUAUUAUAGGCAAACUCUAUUAAUGGCAAAUGAUCAUCCAAUUACCUUUAAAAUCAAUGACACAUGCUGAGCAUGUCCUCCAAGGUCUGAAUGGUACGCUCGGCCUGACCAUCCAUCUGAGGCUAAAAGGCCGCACUAAGCUUAACUUGAGUAUCAAGAUCCUUUUGGAAAAAUCUUCAGAACUGAGUACCUCGAUUCUAAAUGAUAAACAAUGGGACACCAUGAAGCUUAACCAACUCCCGGAUAUACAAUCUAGCAUAGUCCUCAGCUGAAUAUGAGGUCUUAACAGGGAGAAAAUGAGCUGACAUAGUAAUUCGGUCAAUGACCACCCAAAUCAGAUCAUGUUGCCUACGAGUACGAGGCAAACCUGUAAUGAAGUCCAUAUUCAAGACUUCCCACUUUCAAGUAGGAAUCUCAAUGAUUUUUGAUGCUCAACCUUCACUUGUUGACAAUUUGGACACUUGGCCACAAACUCUGCAAUAUCCCUCUUCAUGCCAUUCCGCCAAUAUACUUCCCUCAAAUCACGAUACAUCUUUGUGGAAUCCGGAUGAAUAGAAUACUACAAACUAUGAGCUUCGGACAAUAUCAUUCCCUCAAGCUACCUACUUUGGGAACACGUAAUCGGUCUUGAUAUCUCAAAACACCAUCUCACCCUUGGGAGAAAGCCUCAAUGGCUUUUUCGGCAACUACUUUCUUUAACUCAACUAAAGUAGGAUCAUUAUCUUGCUUGGCCUUAAAAUCCGCCACAAGAGACAAUUCAGAACCAUUUUGAACAAUAACACCUCCAUCCUUGGAAACAAUCAAUUGAACACCCAAACGGGCUAAUCUAUGAUCAUCCCGAACUAACUCUUUCUUCUCGUCUUCAACAUGGACAACACUGUUCAUGGACAAUCUACUAAGAGCGUCGACAACCACAUUCGCCUUUUCUGGAUGGCAUAACACACUCAUGUCAUAGUCCUUUAACAAUUCAAGCCAACUCCUUUGUCGAAGAUUCAAAUUCUUUUGAGUAAACACAUAUUGCAAGCUCUUAUGAUUGGUGAAUACAUCAACAUGGACACCAUAAAGGUAGUGUCUCCAAAGCUUCAAAGCAAAAACCACUGCUGCUAACUCCAAGUCAUGGAUCGGGUAGUUCUUCUCAUGCACCUUGAGCUGCCUAUACCAUUCUACAUUAGAACACAACCAAGAUCAACUCGUGAAGCAUCACAAUAAACAAACCCAUCGGUUGUUGAGGUGAGAAAUCCAUUGUCUUUGAUCUACAGACAUCCAACAAUUGUGAAUAAAGGGGUUGUUCCUUGCGUUUAUAAUGUUGGGAAAUACACAUAACCGUAGCCAAAGUUGGAGGAUUAUGCAACUCUACCUCAAUUGCUAUGUAAUUGAUGAGACCACAUAUGUUAAAUUCAAUUUUCUGUGCUUGCGUAAGGGUACCAACCCGCGAAACCAAUUGGUCAAACUUUCCUUGGUAAUCGACCACAGAUCCAAUUUGGCGUAACUUAGCCAAUUCUCCCAAUUUUGACUUCUAGUUGGUGGUACAAAACGAAGGUUGCAUUGACCUUUGAAUUCAUCCCAAGAGCAUUGAGGUAUAUCUUUCUCUAGUUGAAGAAAUCGAAGUUGUGCAAUUCCUUCCAAAUGAAAAGAAGCAAGUCCAUUUUAUUCUUCUUCUGGUGUUUGCUGGUGUCGAAAGAAAUGCUCUCACCUGUUUAUCCACCUCAAAGGGACCUCGUGGCCACAAAAUCGUGGAAAAUCCAAAUUCUUAUAUUUAGGAAUGAUGGAAUUCCCACUAGUUUCUGAUCCUAAACCUGCAACCAUUGCUUUACCUUUUCAACCUCGAUUGUUACUGCCAUUUUCAGAUGCUUCAACAUCUGCCUUUGAAUGUUCUAUAUCCUUCAUGAGUGAAUCCAAUCGCUCAUUUAUGGCUUCCUGUCUUGCUAAGUUGGUUGCAGGUUUUUCUUGGAACAAAGUCAACAAUUGUGCCAAUUGUUGCUGGAUAAGAUUUCCCAUAACUCCCGUCUACGAUACCAUACCAUGUUGUUGCAGUCCCCUGAUAUGGAUCUAGUUUUGGGACGCUGCAAGAUGAAAUCAGAUGUUUUCUUUGUACGACAUAUGUUGCUGGUAUGCUAAAGAGUGAACCUGCAAUCUCUUCAGUUAAAGUCUCAGGAAUUGGAAUAAUUUUCUGUUCAUCUUUCUAUUGAAUUCAAAUAACUUUAAAUACAACAUUGGUGGAUUAACCGCCCUCCUAAUAACAAGGAAAUAACUUCCUACGACUACUGAAAUUAAAAGGUGGAGGAAUAACCUCCUUACUGCUAAUAACUGCUACAAAGAAUUAGGAAAGCAUAAUUAAUAGAUAAGCUGAAGUAAUCUACUUUCUGACUUCUUUAAAUUUUCCAUGCGUGAGCCGUUUGUAGACUAAAGGGGUGCUCAACAAACUAUUUAGCCCCCACGGCUUUUGUUUAGCAUAAGGAAGUACAACACUUGAAGUGUGGGUCAGACACACGUCAAGAGUUCCAGUCUGUUGCUACAGGAGCCUGGUAUAUAAGUGGGAGCAGGGUAGAAGGACAGGCUCAUACUUCCUAGAGUUUCUAACUUGUGGACCAACUGCCUUGGGCCAGCUAGAACUAUUUGUGGGCAUAGUGUUUUGAAAGCUUACAGUUUUCAAUGUAGAUUUUGUUUGACAGUCUCUUGGAUUUAGUCGCUCAAGCUGACGUAAAAACCAGGAUCAUAUAUAUAAAGACAGCGUAUUGGAUUUAGGUGUAGACAAUCUAUUUCAUAUAAACAAUGAAUUGAAAUGACAUAACUAUAACAGAAAUUAAAGUAGAUCUUGACACAGCACUCUGUAAAGUAACCACAAGGAUUAUUCUAAGGCCAAUUUGCAAAUUCUGGUUCUCUGCUCUUUACUUCUGGCAAUUAAAGCAAUCGUUACACCAGUAGAGGGCUUUAAAGAUAAAUGCAGUUGAAACACAAUCUUAAUAUGUCAAAAUGCUUCCGUUCUGCUUAUUGACAUGUGUAGUAAAAGUUAGCAGGCUUCUUCAGGUAAGUUUUCCAUGUUUCUUCACACCAACAUUGAAACAACACUCUUACAUAACCCAAGCUUUGGUUUUAA